AUGCUCAGAUCACACACACUCCGCCGACUCAUCUCCUGCGUGCUGCUGCUCCUCGUCUCUCUCUCCAGCUCAGGGGAGAGCCGGCCUCACGUGGCCCACGAAGGCGCACCUGAUGUGGACGGAACGGACAGUCAGAGGGUCCUGCUGUUGGAGGCGGUGAAGACGGGGAUCCUGGGCUCACUGGGCAUGGACAGGGAGCCCCGACCAGCCCGAAAGGCCUCAGAGCAAGAGUUGAGGAAGAUGCAUCGGCUCUACAGGGAAAAACUGAGAGAGAUGAGAACAAAUUCCAGCCAGCCGAUGAGGGAAACCUGGCAGCCCACCAUGCCCACUGUGCUCUUUCCAGCCACAGUGGUGCCAGUGAAAGUGCUUCGGAGAGCAGAACACCCACAGACAGAUCAGCGCAUGCAGUGGUAUAGAGCUGUUUUCCAUAAGAACCCAAACAUUCAAACUGAACUGACACUAGCUCGGGCUGAAUUGAAGAUCUCCAAGCAGAACUUAAACAAACCUACAUCAGUUCAGCCUGAUGUAAAUCAAGAGAUUAAUGUUAAAGUCAGUGGGAUGAACCCGGUGAACUCUGCUGCUUGGACACACGUAGACUCUGUGAUCCAUGCUAAUGUCUCAAGCACUCAAGAUGUGAUGCUGGACAUCAGCCCUGAGGUGGAGAAGUGGAUGAGGGCUGAUGGUGAUCAGUCACUGGUUGUAGAUGUGGGGAUGGUUGUGGGUGAAAGAGAUGCCCUGAAAGUAAAUCCAACCAUUUCCCUGGAGUUAGGCCUCAUGCAGCCCAAACCGGCACGGAGAAGGAGGCAGCCUCGUUCCAACAAGGAAGACAACUGCGAUGAACGAGGAUGGUGCUGCCGCAAGUCUGUCACCGUGUCGUUCAAAGACAUCGGCUGGACAGAUUGGGUGGUGGCCCCGGCUGAAUAUACGAUGCAUUACUGUGAUGGCACCUGCCCCCACAACUAUAAGCCAGCUAGCAUGCACACGCAGGUGAAGUCUCGGAUGCACCAGAUCACCAAAGGCGGGACACCUCGCCCCUGCUGCGUGCCGGCAACCUACGAGCCCAUGGUCAUCAUGCACUAUGACAGCAGGGAUAAUUUGAAGUUGACGCCUUUUGACGACUUGAUUGUCAGUAAAUGUCACUGUGCUUGAUGCAAGACCAGGCAAGGCCACAAAAUAAAUAAAUAAAUAAAUAGAUAAUAAUAAUAAUAAGAGACUUUUUUACUUUAAACUCUAACCUUUGGAAAAGCAUUGCCACUAGAUAAAAUAUGUUACAUGGUGAAAAUAUUUGCAUUUAGGUGGAAAAUUUUUAUUCAUGUUGUCAUUGGUUAACUAAAUUAAACUUGAAACCUUCAAUUUGAAGAUGAAAAACAUGUUACUACUGCACAGAGCUGCUGUUUUCUCUUACUUUGUGGACAAAAACAGUGGAUCUGUUCAUUCAUAGCUUUGCCUUUGAAAAUACAGUUAUUUAUUGUUCAUUCUAUUUA